AUGGAGGAUGCCAAGACCGUCCGUUACGUUUCCAAGGACCCGAUACAGAACUUGAAAGUGCGGGUGACUCUAUGGCGCCUCAGCGUUCAGAGAUCUCAGGUUCACGUCAUCAACCAAAAUGCGGGUGGCACGCUCCUCCCGGCGACGUACCCGCAACAACACGCGCAAUACGUGGACCCUCAGGCUCAAUACAUGGGCGUAAAUCCCCAGCAGCAACAGCAACAGCUGCAGCAGGGGCAGCAGACCGUACCUCAACCUGCGCUGCAGGCAGCUCAGCCGAUCGCGGAGGCCGCCCUGGGCGAGGCCUGGGGGGAGCUCAGGACUGGGAGGGGGCCAACCCAACACCAGCAGCAACAGCAGCAGCGGCAGCACAGGUCGUCCGGCACCGGUCCAGUGGCCGGGGGAAUGCGCCAGCGGAUGACCAUACAGCAACGGCUUGAUGCAGCCGCUGCGGCAGGAGGCAUUAUGCUGCCGCCAUCCGGCUCGCCGCAGGCACCAGCAGCGGUAGCGACAAGCGUGGCGGGACGCCUGGGACGGAACCAAAUGGCCCCACGGUCAGCGGUGACGGGGCAGCAGGGGGAGAUGGCGACGGCGGCGCCGGCGGCGGACCCUUUUUGGGUGGCGACAGGCGGAGACGACGGCCCAGCGGUGCCGUACGGGCAACUGCCACAGCGGCAGGGCCGGCCCUUGGGUGAAGCGAUGGAGGACCCCGGGGCCAGUGCCGGCGGCGGUGAUGGCGGCGGCGGCGGCGACACUGACGCCAUGCCGCGGCGGCGGCAGCGACGUCAACAGAUGGCGCAGCAGAUGGCUACGUCCGGCGCUGAUGCAGACCCCGCCGCCUUGCUGCAAGGACAGCUAGUACAACAACAACAACAACAACAGGCGAUAUCGGACCCACAACAGCAGCAGCAGCAGCAAGCAAUGGCCGCUGCAGCGGGGCCGGCGGCAGGAGCGCCGCCUCCGCCACAGGCGCAGCCACAAAUGGGCGUUGCGGGCCUGGUCAUUCCGCCACAGGUCGUACCACAGGUCGUACCGUACGGCAGCCUGGGUACGGAAGCUCGCCUGGCCGCCACAGGGCAGCCUCCGGAGGUACCGCCGACCACUCCACAUCACGAAUUACCUGAAAAGUUCAAGGCCAGCCGUGUAUUCGGCUGGCAGGAGAAGGUUUACAGCCCGAGCGAGGUGGCGGCGGCUCAGGCCGCCGCCGCUACCCAGCUGACCCAGCAGCCGCAGCAUCAGGCCGGGGCGGUGCAGUCCAAGCGGCAACAGGCAUUUGGCUCCCAGUCUGCCCUGGACCAUAAACGGAUGGACCCAAGGACCCGUGGGUCAAUCCUGUACACGUUCAUACAGACGGACGACUUCUGUGUGGCCCAGGAGCUUGGUCGUACGGUGACCACGUCGUCGUACGAGGACGAGAAUGUGCUUGUGACCAAGCUGCUGACCAACCCCAAGAGCCGGGCCCAGGUGCUGUGCUUCCGCUCCAUGUUCAUUGUUGCGGACCUAGGGGGGGAGGCGGAGGCGGGGGCGGGGAACAACAAGGUCCUGGUGUCCAUUCGCGCCUACCCCGACGGCUCCUUCGACAUGUGUCCGGGGUUUUCCCGAGGUGCCUUGAAGUACCGCUUUGAAGACUGUCAUGGUGGUAUUUUUGAGUACACGGUCGACCACGCCUCCGCCACGGAUGUGCCCUCCCUGGAGAAGAGAACUGCCAAGUUGGAGCGGGCGGUGGUGGCGCGGGCGGAGGAGCUCAGACGGGCGGCCCUGAAGUCCGACUUUCAACCACCGCCGGCGGCCGAUUGCACAAGGUUGCUGUUGUUGGGUGAGAUUCAGUCCGCGGCGGACUUCCCUAUGGACCGACUGUACAUCGAGUACGUUGUUCGUUGGGACCCGGACGUAUGGGAACUAACAACCACUUCCAACUGUCAACAAACGCAACCGGGCAUCAUACAGGGUGUCACCCACAUCUCCCGGGUUACUGUUUACCCCCCCGACCCCGCCACCGACACCCCGCCGCGUGACGUUGCGCACUUCGCACACCCCCUGGAGCUCGAGUGGGUCAGCCGACCAGCUGCAGUACCAGAACCAGUGCUAGGGGCAGGGGGAGGGCAGGGGCCCGGAGCAGCCGGGGGCCUAGCUCCUAAUGCAUAUCCCUGCAUGUUCUUCCAGGUGUGCACUCUGGACACCCUGAACCGCUACACCAGCCAGGGAUACGGCUGGCUGGCUCUGGGGACACACCACCCGGUGCCGGGGAGCGAAACACACGUCGUACGAACGUGGAAGCCGCUCGGCACUAUUCGUGACCGCCAGGCGGAGUUCUUCGUGGGCGGCUCCCCAGAGCUGGCCGACCUGGCCUACCUGACCACACCGACAGGCUUCAACGGCAAGAUACUAAACAAGUACGGCUUCAAGACGGAGACCAUAGGCGCAAUAAAGGUCCGCCUCCACACCGUCGUUCAGCGCUACAACCCGGAUGCAGCUGCGCUGGCUGAGCUGCGGCGCUCGGGGGCCUCACCCCUACGGGGCCGCGGAGGGGGGUCGGCCACAUUGCUGGGCGCACUUGACACCCCCCACCUCAAGCGGAACCAGAAGAAGGACCUUAGUCUCAAGAUGGUCGUUGAGAGGGCGCGUCAGCGGUUGCGUGAGGCCCGGGGAACUGACCAACUGCCCGGAGGAGAUGUGGGAGUACGGCCGGGACUGGUUUCGGAAGCACCCACCAUUGUCGUACACCCGCAGCCGGAGCUGGUGCUGGUGCAGACCUCCCUGGACUCCGAGGGCGCCUACCACUGCCUGGUUUCCAACAAGGACGGUGCCGUACACUCGUCCAAAGCCACCCUCACCAUCACUCGGGCAGCCCGGGUUACGCGGGCGGGAGGGCCAGUGAACGAGGUACGACAUUUUCCCCAAUCCCUGAGAUCUCCACCUCCUCACCCAUCACCUCCAGCGCCCUCUCUCAGUGUCCGAGCUGAUGGAGGUGGUGGCAGCGGCGGCGGCGGCGGCGGCGGAGGUCCGGAUCUCCCACCAUCAGGAUACCAGGAGGCUCCAGGGGGCCCGCUGCCGCCGCUGCCGCCGUCACGAUUGCCGUCCGUUGGCGCCACCAGCGGACCUGCGCCACUCCUAUCUCAACCGCCACAACCGCCACAAUCUUUCCAUGGCGGCAGUGUCGCGGACGCCGCCGGGGCCCUCCCGGCUGAGGUGGCGGCAGCAGCCCGCGGUGGCUUCCAACGGCGACCGACGCCACCGCGUUCUAGCGUCGGCGGCGGCGGCGGUGGCGGCGGCGGCGCUUCAUCAACGCAAGCGGUGCCGGAGCCCCGACGUCUGCAGCAGCAGCAGCAGCAGCAACUGCAACCGUCGGAGCUGCAACCUUCGCAGCAGCAGCACCAGCGUCAACGGGCCGUUGUACGACACAACGACGAGCACGAGGACGACCUUGUAGCUGAGGAAAUCGACUGA